AUGCCUGGUUCCUGUGAGGUUUGCUCUUUAGAGCCCUCAAAAUAUCGCUGUCCCAUAUGCGGACUGAUGAGUUGCUCACUUGCAUGCACCCAGUCACAUAAGAUAUAUUGUGCCCCGAAGCCACCAUCGAAUGAGGACCCGAGUCAUGAUCCAGCGCCCGAUGUCAAUCCCACACCCGAGAACGAUACCAACGGCCCUGAACCUGCAGAGCCAACUGGCACGAGCGCUCCCUUGAUGACCCCUGCAGCAGUGGCAGCAUCAUCGGAGAUGAAAGAGCUUCUCACCCAGCACCCCGAACUCCGCAGUCAGCUACAAGAUAUGUUCCAGUCAACGCUGGAAGAAGAAUGGGAGGAAUCAUACACAGCCCCUGCACGUGGGCGUGGACAUGGCCGCGGGCGAGGCCGUGGAGGGUUUGCUCCUCGUAGCCGUGGCCCAUGGACGUCCGAGAAAGGCUUCAACCGCGGCCUGGGCAGAGUCCGUAAGCUAAGGCAGGAUUGUGAGGAAGGGACGGAGACUGGCCAGGCCGCCGAGGCGUUCAUGCGGUUUAUGGCGCUUGUCAAGAACAGCAACUCAGACUCAGCUUGA